ACUCUUUCAUUCUUUAUUUGCUGGAUGUCAACAAAACAAGUGGACUUUUGUGUGAUUUUGUUUGUAAUUUACUAAAUAGGUGUAAUUAAGUUAUAAUGUUGCUUAUAAUAUAAAACCAUAAAAGUUUUUAAAUAACAAUAAAUACGCAGGUUAACGCAAUGUCGUCAAGGGUAGAAGUCAGCAGAAGACUUGGUAGAUCUAAAAGUCGCAGUUUAGAUCGUUACCGAGAUCGUAAAGCUCGCAGUAAAGACCGGAGGUCACGAUCUUACUCACCAGAUAGGUCUAAAAACAGAUCUAAGAGCAGGGAAAAGAAAAAGAAGCAGAAACAUGAGAAACAUAAGAAAAACAAGAAGAAAAAGAAGAAGCACUCAUCUAGUAGUAGCAGCAGUGACAAUAGUGACGAGGAGGAGUUGAAGUUGCUGCAGAGGUUGGAGGCAGAGCGACUGCGGCUCAAAGAGGAGAGAAGGAAGGAGAAGGAGGCACAGAAAGCCAAUGAAACUCCAGAGGAAAAGAGAGCUCGUCGUCUGAAAGAGAAACAAGAGAAGGAGAGGCGUCGUCGCGAGCGUAUGGGUUGGGACAACGAGUACCAAUGCUACACCAACCAGGACAACCCAUUUGGGGACUCUGCCCUCACCAACACGUUUGUGUGGACGAAGAAGCUGGCCAAAGAAGGGGUCAAGUCUGUGUCUAGAGACGAACUGGAAGCCCUGAACAGGCAGAAGCAGUUAGAGAAUAAAAUUGAACUUGAGAAGGUAAAACAACGUCGCCUGGAGCGUGAGGCGGAGCGCGCGGCGCGGGAGGCGGAGGCAGCCGCAGCCGCGCGCGCGCGCGAGGCUCAGCAGUUCAGCAGCUGGGCGCGCCAGGAGGACGCCUUCCAUCUGCACCAGGCGCGUCUGAGAUCGCAGAUCCGCAUCAGAGACGGCCGCGCCAAACCGAUAGACCUGCUGGCGUGGUACGUGAGUUCGGAGGAAUGUGUGGACGCGCUCGAGAUGCACGAACCCUACACUUAUUUGAACGGACUCCAAGCGCAAGAUUUAGAGGACUUGUUGGAAGACAUCAAGGUGUACAAGGAGCUGGAGCAGGACAGCAACCAGAGCUACUGGCAGGACGUGCAGACGAUAGUGCGCGCGGAGCUCAGCAAGCUGCGGCGCCGCCUCGAGUCCGCCGCGCGCCGCGACUGCGUGCACGAGGCCGUGGCCGAUGACGUCACGCAGAUCUUCAAAGGCAAGACAGGCGCGCAGCUGGAGGCUCUGCAGACGCAGAUCGAGCAGAAGAUCAGCGGCCGCCGCGACGGCGUCGACGUGGGCUACUGGGAGAGUCUGCUCAGCCAACUUAAAGCGCACCGAGCGCGCGCGCGACUGCGCGACCGCCACCAGCACAACCUGCGCCGCAAGCUGGAGCUGCUCAAGCGGGAGCAGGGCGUGCAGCCGCAGCCGUCUGCAGCCACCGAGACGGAGCCCUCAUCGUCCCAGCCGCCGGAAGCCACCGUGACCGAAGCCGAAGCCGAAGCGGAAGCCGAAGCGGAAGCGGAAGCGGAGUCGUCAGUGUCCUCGGACGAAGACGCCAGCAUAGCGCUGUACGUCGCCGGGCGCUACUCGCCGGCGCCGCUGUCGCCGCGUGCGCUGGAGCCCGCCACGCUGCUGACGGAGCCCCGCGACGACGAGCGGAGGAUCGACUUCCUGCGGGCGGCGCUCCACGCCAAUAACGCCAAGAGAGAACACGCUGACUUCUUGGCGACUAACCCGUCGGCGGCGCCCCCGGACGCGGCGCCGCGCAGCCCGGCGGCGCUGGAGGCGCUGGCUCGGCGCAGCAUGGGCCCGGCCGCGGGCGCGGAUCACGCGGCCUUCGGCGCGGAGCUGGCGCUGCCCGACCAGCCCUGUCUGUGGGCGGACAAGUACCGGCCCCGCAAGCCAAGAUACUUCAACAGAGUGCACACGGGCUUCGAAUGGAACAAAUACAACCAGACGCACUACGACAUGGACAACCCUCCGCCGAAGAUCGUGCAGGGGUACAAGUUCAACAUCUUCUACCCCGACCUCAUAGACAAGAACUCCACACCAGAGUUCUCAUUGAAACCAUGUCCAGAAAAUCCAGACUUUGCUGUGCUUCGUUUCCAUGCUGGACCUCCAUACGAAGACAUUGCAUUCAAGAUAGUGAACCGCGAGUGGGAGUACUCAUACAAGCGCGGCUUCCGUUGCCACUUCCACAACAACAUAUUCCAGCUCUGGUUCCACUUCAAGCGGUACCGGUACCGCCGGUAGUACAUGCAGUCCUCUGGAUAUAUUUCAAGUAGUCCUGUCAAUAAACAGAUUUAUUAUUGUCA